AUGCGACGCGCGCCGACGGCGGCUCCUCGGCCCAUCCCGCGCUCGGUGCCUCUGACGCCACCACGCCCGCCGCUUACCAUGCUAGGCGACGGUGUGGCAGGCGACCUCGACGCUUGUGAGCGCCCCGCGCCAGACGACGGCGGCCACCAGAAGAGCAAGGACAAGGUCGCGCGCGUCGGCCCGUCGGCCCCGCAGCUGCUGGCAGACGUCCCGCCCUGGGUGCCUCCUCUGCGGCCAUCACGCCCGCCGCCCGCCACACGAAGCGACCUCGGUGCCCGCAAGCGCCCCGCGCCAGACGACGGCGGCGAGAGGGAGGGCAAGCACAAGGUCGCGCGCGUCGGCCCGCCAGCCCCAGAGCUGCCGGCAGACUUCCCGCGCUCGGUGCCUCCUCUACGGCCACCAGGCCCGCCGCUUGCCACGCGCCCGCCGCCCGCCACACAAGGCGACCUCAGCGCUCGCAAGUGCGCCGCGCCAGACGACGGCGGCGGCCAGAGGAAGCGCAAGCCCAAGGUCGCGCGCGUCCGCCGGUCGGCCCGGGAGGUGCUGGUCGACAUCGCCGUGGCCGCGGCCACGGCCAGGUCGCUCGCCUUGGCCGCGCCGCGCGAGCCGGUGCGCUUCAGGGAGGUGCGCUGGAACGAGAUCCGCUGGUUCGCCAUCAAGUACAGCAACGGCGACGAGCCGCCCUGCUCGCCCCGGACGAUGCCGUUCCGCGAGGUGCGCUGGAACCAGCCGCCGCGCCGGCGCAGCUGGAACGAGCGGCGCGGCCCGCUGUCGCCGCGGUCGACCAUGGCCGUGUACUUCAAGGACGUCCGCUGGGACCAGCCCCGGCGCGCGCGCCACGCCGAGGACAAGUCCAUCUCGCCCUGGUCGGAUCCGACCGGCCAGCGAGUCUUCUUUGCCGAGGUGUGCUAUGACAAGCCUCGGCGUUGGCGCCAGCCAAUGUGGGUAGACGUGUCGCUCUCGCCCCGGUCAACUCGAUAG